AUGUCCCAAAAAUUUCCUUCCUCCAUCCAACCUACCAACUUCGACUUAAUUGUGAUCGGUUCCGGCCUCGAAGAAACCAUACUCGCCUGCGCGGCAUCCCUCGGCGGCAAAACCGUCCUCAUUGUCGACCAUAACCCUUUCUUCGGUGGCCACUUCGCCUCUCUCCCUCUGCAAGACUUCACUGAUUUUCUCCACACCCACUCAAAAUCAUGCCCGCAACCCGAACUCAAACCCGGAUCCUCCUCCGGCGAAUUCAACGUCCUUCCUCUGACCACUCGCCCCAUGUACUCCUCUGUCGAAAUUAGCGUAUAUUCCCCAGAAAUUAUUGACAAUUAUGGACUAUUCAGCGUUGAUUUAGCGGGGCAUAGGGUUUUAUUCUGUGCUGAUCCUAUGAUGGAAUUGAUUUUGAAAACUGAUAGGGUUUUAAAUGUGGAUAUAGACGAGUUCAUUAGGUUCAAUUGCCUGGAAUGGAUGCGAGCUUCAUAUGUAGGACUGAUGAAGAUGGCGGGGCAUUUUGGACAUGGGAAUGACGAAGAAGAUAGGAAAAUUCCAGAGGAGAACUUAGAGAGUCCGUUUUCGGAGCUAAAAUCGAUUAUUCUGCACGCAAUUGCCAUGGCAGAUUAUGACCAAGACAAUGUGGAAGACUGUAAAUACAUUCUUAAAACAAAAGAUGGAAUAGAUCGCUUAAUGCUUUGUCAUUCAUCAGUUGCCAGGGGUCAAGGGAUGUCUGUGGUUGUUGGGGAUUAUAAGGGUGUUAAGUUGGAUUGUGGUCAAGAAUUAUUCAGCCACCAGCUCAUCCUUGCUCCUUCGUUUAAUCUUCCCUCAGGAUUAGCUGCUCCUCCAACACAUUUUCAGCGGAAUGGUAAUCAUGAUUCUAGGCCGCAGGAUGCCAAAGACAAGGUAGUUAGGGGAGUAUGCAUCACAGCAAGUUCCUUAAAACCAGAUAUAGCAAAUUGUCUGCUGCUAUACCCCCCUCAAGCUUUGUUCCCGGAGCGGCUGACAUCAAUCCGAGUCCUCCAUUUGAGCAGUGAUAUGAAUGUUUGUCCUUCUGGCAUGUUUGUCGAUUAUGUAUCAACAAUUUGUGAAGAUGCAGCUCAAGGGAAAGAAUUACUAACUACAACCAUAAAUGAUUUGUUUUCUGUUCCUGUUUCUGGAAACUCUGAGGAAGAUUCUGAGGAUCAUCAGAGUGCGAAUACAGUAGUGAAAGUAAAACCCACUUUGCAUUGGAGUACUGUGUAUAUACAAGAGCAAACUGUGGGUGUAUUUGAUGGUGUUAUUUCAGCCUCUAUGCCUGACGGAAAUUUGCAACACAACAAUUUUGUAGAUGCAUCAGAAAAGCUAUUUCAGAGCAUGUAUCCUGAUGAAGGAUUCUUUCAAAGGAAACCUCAUCGAAUGAGGUCAUAGAAGAUGGUGCCUCCGAGCGCAAGUGUUGUGAUUUUUGCUUGAGCGAGGAUUCGGAGAAAACAGCAAAUAUAAAACACUGGGGAUCUAACCAAUUCUAUAAUACAUCAAAAGCUAAAUGUUGUGUGAGUUGAGGAAAUCAGUUGAAUUUUUUCGCUUUUGCUGCAGCGCGGUUGAACAGCUUGCUUCGAAUAGGUACAACAUAACUGCUUCACUACAAAUGAAAGCAGCAACAAAGCUCAAAUUGAAUCAAGUUCCAGUUAUUCAAUUUUGAGAAGUAUUUCACAGGGUCUAUAAAGGAAGUUUACGGCCCUUACUCCUAACUGGAAUGCUUCCUUCUUAAGAAUCGCCAUAGAAAAAUCUCCACUAAAAGGAAACUAGUUACUAGAUGCAAGAUUGCCGAUGGUAUGAGAGUAAAAUAUUCUGUAUCCGAAGUGUGGAUACACACUAUUCUCCUCGGAAAAU